CGGGGCCGGGGCCGGGGCCGAGCACGCGCGCGCUGCUCGGGGCGUUGAUUCCGGACCCGGGGGGCUUCGGGCGCUGCUCACGCGCGCGGAGGUGGCGCGUCCCGGGCCGGAGGCUUCUCCGAGUCGGGCUUCAGCGGACCUGUCCCGCCGUAGGGGAGCGCCCGGCUGUCUUGGAAGGAACCUGGCCUCCGGGUUUAACCUUCCGCCCACUCCCCGUAGGCUGCUGCUGUUUGCGCUGGUGUCGCCAAGACCCUGGGCUCCUGCCCGGAAAAUGUUUCCAAGCCCGUUCCCGAGCCCCUAACCGACGUGCUAACUUUUUUUGUGCUUUUUUUUUUUUGGGGGGGGGGGCUUUGGCAUUUGGACCUGGGAUUAAGAGACACAGCAGAAAAGUUGACUAAAGCUAGGCGAUGCUGUUUUGGAGCGGCUGUGGAGGGAUGGGGUGAAACCGUCACAAUUCUUGAGCCGGAAGACAUUGUUCUGCUCAGCCCCGGAAAUAAGAGGUUUUCAGACGCUGAAAACUUCCAAGAGUUCCACCUUGGCCGAGAAAGAACUUCCUGCCUGAUUUGGAAGGCGAGUUCCGAGUGAACCGUUUGCUUUGGUCAUUUGGGAAAUUACAUGCAAGUCUCAAUAACCUAUUCUAGAAGCCAGCUUUUACAAGGAUCUAGAAGAAACGAGAUUAAAGAUGACCAGAUAGUGGACUCCAGAAGUUUAAAACAAUCAGUGCUCAGGACUUACUCCUGGCUCUGCACUCCAGGAUCACUUCUGAGGGGCUCAGGGAACCAUAUAGGAUGCCGGGGAUCAAACCCGGGGGUGCCAGCAUGCAAGGGACUGCAAGGACUGAGUCCAUAUGGAAGAAGAGCUUCCCCUUUUCUAUGGCGAAAGUGGCAAGUCAGUGAAGGCUACUUUGUCAUCUUUGAAGAUGUUAGAUGUGGGAAAGUGGCCAAUUUUCUCUCUUUGUUCUGAGGAAGAGCUACAGUUAAUUCGUCAGGCUUGUGUCUUUGGCAGUGCAGGCAAUGAAGUUUUAUAUACUACAACAAAUGAUGAGAUUUUUGUGCUUGGCACAAAUUGCUGUGGCUGUUUGGGGUUAGGUGAUGUCCAGAGCACCAUUGAACCUCGGAGACUAGAUUCUUUAAGUGGCAAAAAGAUAGCCUCCCUCAGCUAUGGGAGUGGUCCACAUGUUGUCCUUGCAACAACAGAAGGAGAAGUCUUUACCUGGGGUCAUAAUGCUUACAGCCAGUUGGGCAUUGGAACAACUAACCAUGUUUUAAUUCCCUGUCUUAUCUCUACUAACUUGACAAAUAAGCAAGUCAUUGAAGUUGCUUGUGGAUCUUACCAUUCUCUGGUGCUAACAUCUGAUGGAGAGGUAUUUGCCUGGGGUUAUAAUAACUCUGGACAGGUAGGAUCUGGAUCAACAGCUAACCAGCCAAUCCCUAGAAGAGUUACUGGUUGCUUACAGAAUAAAGUAGUUGUGAACAUAGCAUGUGGGCAGAUGUGCUCAAUGGCCGUGGUGGACUCUGGCGAGGUCUUUGUCUGGGGUUACAAUGGAAAUGGGCAGCUCGGACUUGGCAGUAGUGGUAAUCAGCCAACACCCUGUAGAAUAGCAGCUUUGCAAGGCAUUCGUGUGCAGCGGGUUGCCUGUGGCUACGCACAUACCUUGGUAUUGACAGAUGAUGGUCAAGUGUAUGCAUGGGGUGCAAACUCUUAUGGCCAGCUGGGCACUGGCAAUAAAAGCAACCAGUCCUAUCCUACUCCUGUUGUUGUGGAAAAGGACAGGGUUAUAGAAAUUGCAGCCUGCCACUCUGCCCACACCUCUGCCGCCAAGACCCAGGGUGGGCACGUGUACAUGUGGGGCCAGUGCCGGGGCCAGUCCGUGAUCCUGCCGCACCUCACCCACUUCUCCUGCACUGACGACGUGUUCGCCUGCUUCGCCACGCCCGCCGUCACAUGGCGCCUUCUGUCUGUGGAACCUGAUGACCACCUCACAGUGGCUGAGUCCCUGAAGAGAGAAUUUGAUAACCCCAACACUGCAGACCUCAAAUUUCUGGUGGAUGGAAAAUACAUUUAUGCACAUAAAGUUCUUCUCAAAAUUAGGUGCGAGCAUUUUCGUUCGUCUUUGGAGGACAAUGAGGAUGACAUUGUAGAAAUGAGUGAGUUUUCGUAUCCCGUUUACCGAGCCUUCCUGGAAUACCUGUACACGGACAGCAUCAGCCUCUCUCCCGAGGAAGCAGUGGGACUGCUGGACUUGGCUACAUUUUAUAGAGAAAACCGUUUGAAAAAGCUCUGCCAACAAACCAUCAAACAAGGAAUCUGUGAGGAAAAUGCCAUUGCUCUGCUCUCAGCUGCCGUCAAGUAUGAUGCACAGGAUUUAGAAGAAUUCUGCUUCAGGUUUUGCAUAAACCAUUUGACUGUAGUAACACAAACUUCAGGCUUUGCAGAAAUGGACCAUGAUCUCCUGAAGAACUUUAUCAGCAAAGCAAGCAGGGUUGGCGCAUUUAAGAAUUGAUCCUCACCUAUUGGAAGGCAUUUUCACUGCAAGAGCCAGAGAAUAAAUUCACCUUACUGAUAUUUGUGAUUAGCUAUCAUUUGGCUGUUAACUUACAUUCUAUCAAGAGAAGGAUGGCAGUCAGUCUUCCCCAUUGGCUGAAGUCACAAGUUUACAUAGAAGGCAUUGAAUGCUGUUAUCGAGGUGAUGAAGCUCAAGGGGGGAAAUCUAGUAUGUCUAAGACUUAUUCUUCCAUCUUUUGAGUCACUUAAGCUGGAUAUUUGGGUACAAUGAUGUAAGCACAUACUCUUCUGGCCAAAUGUUCCAUUAUCCAACAGGCUGGUAACACAUAGCUAGCUGACAGAAAAUGCUGUACUCAGUUUUCUAUAUCUAGCACAGUGCUUCGCAUAUGGUAGGCACUCAGUUUAUUAUCAACAUAAGUAUUUCCUGAGAACAGCUUUAUUUGUGGGAUAUUGGAUGAAGGAGAAACUUACACAAAACCAAAUUUAAAACAGCCUUCAACUAUUCAGGUUCAUAUUCUUCUGGUAUAUUGUUCUGAGAGGUAAUGGCUAAAAUUUAGACCAUUAAUUAGAAUUUACAAGGGCAUUGGCACUGUCAAAAAAGCCGAAGAGUGAUUUUAAUUUCUCAUUUACUUUCUCACAAGGGAUUACUGAAUAUGAAGCAUUAUCUUGGAAUGAAUGUUAUUUCUAGGCUCAUCUGUCUUACAUGACUGCAUAACACUCUUUGCUCUUGUGUUGAGAUUUGCCUCCUUAAAAAAUGAAUUUUUUUGUAGUUGCUUUUGUCAUUAUAAAACAAGGCACAGAAUAAUUAUAAAGUACUAGCUAAAGAGGAACUAAUAUUUACAUUUCAUGGACAGUACUAGAAGAACGAGGUCCAUUUCUACUUUAACUGCAAAUGAGAAACUGGAACAUUCUACAUGUAUGUUGAUGUAACUUCAGUCUUCUGUAUUUCACAAUGAUAUUAUGUGAAGAAAAUUCUUUUGAAAUUAGAAAUCUUGUGCUGAUGCUGAACUAUUUGAUAAUAAAGAGCUUAUUUGCAGAUAAGAGUGCUUCAUUUUUUUAUUCCUAAGCAGCUGCAAAAUUACAUGUCCUGUAUACCAUAUUUUUGAGCUAUUUAUAUGUUAGAAGCUGUAUAUUAAAGCAGUUACUCUGAUAAAGUGUC